AGAGCAUCGGGCGCGGGUUUCGUAGUCGGUCCGCGUGCCCCGCGAGUUCUACGUCGGAUUUCCGUGCGAAAAACGCGAGUCGGAGAGUGGUGCGGUUUUUUAUUCGACAGACUGAUCAGUCUUGCUCCGAAUCGCGUCUCAAAGCUCGAGGAAAAUAAUUGAUCAGACGGCGGUUCAGAAAUCGGUGAAAAAAUCGUGGUGACAACCAAUGUUCGAGUGUCGUUAUCUUCAUCCCUUACUUCGUCGUCUUACGAACGAAGGAUAGACGAGUUGACGGGAUUUUGGACUCCAGGUGUUACUUUGCGAUGUGGUUGCGGAGCCAAGAGUGCAGCGGGUCAAUUGGUAAUCGUUUAGUUUGAUUCGAUGUGCUGCGCUUUAACGCGUCACGGCGACUCUGAGGUGAUCGCUCAAAAUGCAAAACGCGGUUUUAUGCUUCCGCGACGAAACUUGAGAACGUGGAAACAAACAUGAGACGGCUGUUUCGAGCCAGAGUUAUCGCCCCGUUUACCAACAUCGUGGAUCGAGCUUUCGGUCACGAAAUUUCGGCAACCGGUGUAGGACGAAGCUUCUUCGUCAAUUGAAUAGGGAAAACUGAGGAUUGAGGAGUGAGAAGUUACAACAGUUGUCAAUAGCGAAGCGAAAAUUCUAGGAUAAAUAUUUCACAGUGUGCGACCUCGUGAGAAAAUCUUUGGUAACAUGAGAAACUAUCAAGAGCUUGCGAGAUAACCGUUUCGCUAUAGAAAUAUGAUCCAGCUCAAGCUGUAGAUGCUGGAAACAUAUUUUGAACUGAAAUUUUCCAAGUUGUUAAAGAAAAACACGAUAGCGGAAUUUUCAUCGAAGAGGGAAAAACGGAUUUAUAACAAAAUAUUUUAACCAAUGAAUAGUGAGUGUAAAAUAAGGGUGAUAAUGAUCAACAGCUGGAGUGAUGAAAGGUUGAAUGAAUGAUUCAUUAGCUUAUCGUUGUCAAGUGUGCUAAAUAAAAUUAAAGGAAAUAAAGUAGAACGAAUAAAUAAAUGAAUUUAAAAAACAGGGGAAAAUUAGUGGGAAAUAAAGUGAGUAAAAAAUAUACUUUGUGGUAAUGACAAAGAUGCUUAGUAUAAUAUGCCAAGCUUUAUCCAGCGGGAGAUGACAGAUUAAACGAUUAUUUCGUCGGCCGGUGAGAGAAUCAAUGUGCAUCUUGGUGCCUCAAGGAUCGAGCUGUGAUCAGCAAUUGUCGAUUACAGUUACUAAAAAAGAAAAUCGUACCGGUGAUUCGGUUGUGAUUAUUGUAUAUGAUACGUGUGUGAUGAUACGAAUCAGUGCGGUAAACUCCUAGAAAUUAAAUCAAAAUUCGUUUUUACGCGGGUGAAAUUGGGCAAUGAAACUGAAUAAAAUAAGGGGAUGAAUGGAAUUAACAAAAGGUAAAUAACGGAAAGCUGACGAAUUAGGUGCAACGAGCAAAACUGAAAUUUGAUAGUUUCCGAUCCUUGAAGACUGAAAUGAUUCUCUUUUCCUUCUCUUUUCUUCAAAGUAAAUCGCACGAUUACAAUACAUCGUGGCAAACGGAAGGGAGGUUGUUUAUAUAACGUUAUACUAGAGAGGAUAUUUAUUUUUUUUUCCCCCAGAAGAAAUGAAAGCGUUGGAAGGAUACUUCGGGGAACAGGAUAUACCUUAUUAGGAUCCAUAUCCUCCGGUAAAUUCCUCCCUCGAUCUUUAAUAUAACGCAAAGUUUACCCUCCGGUCAUGAAUCGCCGGGGUUGAAAAAUAUGCGAUCAUAUUGCGUAGCGGAAUAUCACGUAAUAAUCAACUCAUCUUGUUGGGAAAUGUUCGAUUCUAGAGUCGCUUCUUUCAAGUUGUACAAUUCUUAACGACAUUCAAAUAAAUACAUGGAAAUAAAUAAAUAUCAACUGUUUUCAAGAAUUUUUCCAACAUUUUCGAAUAGUUGUACGAAAAUAAAGAAGAAAAGGCAAUACGGAAAAUCAUUUUGAAAGGCACGUAUCCUGGCCGGGUUGUUUUGUUAUUUCGAACGAAAGAAGAAGGUAGGGAAUUAGGAAAUGCAAGGAAUGCGGGAGGCGCCGUCGUAGCUUGGUAGAGAAUCUAAGAUCUAACGUGACAAAUCGUACCGAAGAAAAAUAUUACAAAUUCGUGGGCUUUUAUUAAAUUGCUUGGUGCAUGGCUCGGUUGUUAUAAUUCAUUCGCGUAAAGCCGAAAGCCGGAGAGCAAAAAAGCCGGAAACAAGAAAUAUCAUUUGAAAUUAACAAUAAGAAACAUCCGGACAAAAAGCGCAGGAAAUAAACAUAAUGAAAUUAAUGUUCAAACGAGCGAAGUAAGGUUGAAAAAUUCACGAUUUGUGUAAUGAUGUAACAUAAUACAGAAGUGUAAGAUAAUAUAAAACUGCUGCGUGGGAAUAAAAUUAACACGAAAACAUCGUUAAAAAAAAAAGGAAAGGAAAAAAAGGAGAGGGAAAAAAUGGCAGAAGAGAGAGGAGAAAAAGAAAUCAACUAAGUCGAGUGACAUGAGGUAGUCGGAACGAUUUCGGUCGGUUGGAUGCGUAUAUACGAGUGAUUUGGGGGGCGAACAAAGGGGGCGGAGGGGGAGUUCAAGAUGGAACUUUUGAUCAUUCUGGUAUGCCUGAUCACGCCUCCGACUCUUUCCCUGUCGAUAAAGACGAAACUUAACCCGCGAAUCGUCCAGACUCAGUACGGUCGCAUUCAGGGGUUCGUCCAGUCCUUCGAACCCCCUAAACUCAAAUCGAUCGACGUUUACCUCGGCAUACCUUACGCGACUCCACCAGUCGGAGGAAACAGGUUUUCACCCACGAGGGCGCCAAGUCCUUGGGACGGAAUCAGAUUAUCAGACUCGGUGGGUCCCGUCUGCCCUCAAAAAAUUCCUGACAUAACGAACGAGCAGGAAGCGCUGGAAAAAAUGCCUAAAGGGCGAUUGGAAUACCUGAGAAGAUUACUGCCGUAUCUUCGUAACCAGAGUGAAGAUUGCCUCUACCUUAAUAUUUACGCACCGGCGAUGGGAUUGACGGACAGCGGUAGACGGCAUCCGGUCUUCCUCUUCGUCCACGGAGAAAGCUAUGACUUUGGCAGCGGUAAUCCUUACGACGGUAGCGUCUUGGCAAGCUACGCGGACCAGGUUGUGGUCACGAUCAAUUAUCGCCUCGGCAUCCUGGGCUUUCUGAACGCCAACGUCGUCCCCCAUCUCAAGGCUAGGGUGGCGAAUUACGGUCUGAUGGACCAGAUAGCCGCCCUUCACUGGGUCCAGCAACACAUCGAACUUUUCGGCGGCGAUCCCGGCAACGUCACUUUGGUCGGACACGGAACGGGCGCGGCCUGCGUCAACUUUCUCGCCAUCAGUCCGAUGGUUAUGUCAGGACUCUUUAAGCGUGCCAUACUGCUCUCUGGAAGCGCAUUGUCGUCCUGGGCCGUCGUAGAGGAUCCGGCUUCCUACGCCUUGAAAUUGGCCCGAGCUUGCAAUUGCUCGGUACCGGAGAACCUGGCCAAGGACAACGAGCUCAUCGUCGACUGUUUGCGAGACGCCAGCCUAGACGAACUCUUGCAGGUUGACAUCCAGGCGCCAACUUUUCUCAGCGCGUUUGGACCGAGCGUCGACGGGGUUGUUAUAAAGCCUGACUUCCAGAAGGAUCUGUUAUCCUACCUGGGCCCCGAGUUCCAGGGAUUCGGGCAAAAGCUGAAGCGGACCGAACACGGUGCUCCGAUAACUAGCAACAGCAAGUACGACCUCUUAUUCGGUGUAACAACAAGCGAGGCGCUCUGGAGUUUCGCUGAAAAGGACGUCCAGCAGGGUUUCGAGGGUGAGAAGAGGGACCGCAUCAUUAGAACCUACGUCCGAAACGCGUACACCUAUCAUCUAACAGAGAUAUUCUACACGGUCGUUAACGAGUACACGGACUGGGAGAGGACGGUUCAGCAUCCGGUGAACACGAGAGACGCCUGCGUCCAAGCGCUGAGCGACGCACAAUUUGUGGCACCGCUCGUUCAGACCGGAGACCUGUUCACCUUGCGGCACUUGAAGAAACCGAACAAUCCUCACCUGGCGCCAGUACCUGAGGACGAAAUGGAACCGAUGCCGAAGACCUACUUCUACGUAUUCGACUACCAACCGAAGGACGGCGACUAUCCGCAGAGAAUGGGUUCCGUCCACGGCGACGAGCUUCCCUACGUUUUCGGCGCUCCCCUCGUCGAUGGGUUUGGACAUUUUCCCAGGAACUACACGAAGGCCGAAGUCACUUUGUCGGAGAGCAUAAUCCUGUAUUUUUCCAACUUCGUCAAGGCGGGAAACCCAAACGCGAACGAGCAUCAUGGCCGUGGUGAAAAGUCGUUGAAGGAGAAGAGCAAAUACCGAGGGCUUGUUUGGGAGCAGUACGAUCCUGUGCAUCAAAAGUAUCUGGAAAUCGGUAUGAAGCCGAAGAUGAAGAACCACUACAGGGCCCAUCAGCUAUCCGUCUGGCUUCGACUCGUUCCGGAACUACAUCGCGCCGGGAUGGAAGACGUCGAACCGAAGCACAACCUCUUUCGAGGCUACGCCGAUCCCGCCCUUUACGACGGUUCCGUGAGGCCUGAUCCCCUCAGCAGGCUCGGCGAAGAGUUCAGACGCGUCAAUCUGACCACCGAACCUCCGACCACCACGGACUUCACCAUCACUACCUGCGUCAGUCUCAUUCAAAGCACCAACUUGCAGAACGCCAAUAACGCGAGCACCGAUACAUUGGCCAGCUUAGACGCCGCUGGGUACGCGGCUUACUCGACAGCCUUGAGCGUAACGAUCGCCAUCGGCUGUAGCCUCCUUAUACUGAACGUGCUCAUCUUCGCUGGCGUUUACUAUCAAAGAGACAAGACGCGGCUCGAGGUCAAGAGUCUUCAGCAGCAACAAAUGAUCAAUCAACAGUGCGGACCCAGGGGAUUCAACGAGCUGAAGCAACCCCCGCCGCCCCAUUCACACUUUCCAGGAUCCGGACAAGUCAUCGUUGAUGUCGAGAACGAGAUGCUGCGAAGGAACGCGAUGAAGGCCCCUCCGAGCAGUCCAAACUCGCAACUACUACAGCAGGGACAAGUAACCCACACAUUGCCGCACCAGCAUCAUUAUCAGAAGCAACAUCAGCACCAGCAGCAUCAUCAGCAGCAGCAGCACGCGACGUUGCCUCGAGCGGCCGUCAUGCAGGACAUGAACAUAAAUACACAAAUGCAGGGACCUCCGAACGGAUCUAUCCACUUAACGAUUCCACGGGCGCCUCCGCCGCCCCGAGCAAGAAGUCCUCCGGAAAGUCAGCCGCUGCUUCAAGGUCCGACGGUUUCGAGCCGCGUUCCACAAACGGCGAUGAGCGAGAUGAGAGUCUGAUGUAUGGAGCCUCCUCCGAAGCCGGUAGUGCCGGACGUCCUGACCGCGUCAACCCUUCUCUAGGAAUGUGGGAAAUUUUAACGAGAUUAAGGAAUGGCAAAGGGAAAAGGGUGAAACGGAACUGCAAAUUACGGGUUGAUCUAAGUGCGAAGGGUUAGGCGCGGUUUUGAUGUCGGGGAUUUUCCGGCGGGUUGUUUCCUGGACGGAGGAGGAAAUUUGGCAUUGAGUAUCAGGGGGAGGAGGAACACGUUCUUGGACUCGUGGAACUGAAAAAAAAUAAACAAGUUACCAAAUGUCGAGAAAAUUUUUUUUUUCAUCUCAGAUACGUUAUACUUUUAGGGAAAUAAGAAACAAUCGUGCGUAUAAUAAUGAAAGAAAAAGACACUUAUCCACUUCUUUUGUUGCUAUAGUCUACGAUACUGUUGAAAUAAGAAAAAAAAACAAAUGUGAAUACCAGCUGCAGUAGCUGUUUGAAAAAGGGUAUCUUAUAUACAUGUAUACAUAUAAGUGGUGCGAGAAGGGCGAACAAUAUAUGUGUAUGUACAUAUGUUUGGACAACUGCAACGCCUAAACACCGGAUGCAAAAAUAUAUUUUUAUUUGACUCGCUUCUGUUUUUUUUUUUUUUUUUUCAAACAGUGAGUGCUGAUGUAAAAAAGUAUUUAAAAUUUAAGAAAGUGAAUAAACUGAACAAAUACACUGUAACUACGCGAUUAAUCUACACUGUGGGUAAACAAAUUACUCCAUAUGUAGGAUAUUUUGUGUGCAGGUAAGUUACCUACGGUAUACAAAUGGAUCGAAAAUCUCGUUACCAAAAUAAUUGCCAAAUGACAAUCUGCUGAAUUGCAGAACGGAUGGAUUAGGUGCAAAAAUAAUUAUUAAUAUUAAAUGGUGGAAGGGAGAAAUUAUUAAAAUGAAGUAAACUGGAAAACUGCAGUGUAAAACAACGUGUUUUUAUUAUACAUAAAAUAUAGAGGUACAUAAUGAGUAAAAAGAUGUUAGAUGUUCCUUGUAAAUAUAAAAUACGUUUACCUGUUAUCACGGCAAAAUGAGUAAAAGUAAAAAGAUAAAUAAAUAAAUAAAUGAAUAAAUAAAUAAAACAAUAAAAUAAAAUAAUACGGUAGUUCGCUAAGAUUGGCACAGUGGGGAUUAUUGUCAUUUAUCAAACAUUUUUUACCCUCUCCGUAACUUGUCGAGGUUUUUUUUCCGACGAUUUGACGAAUAUAACAACGUAUUCAUUUUCUUUUAUUUAUUAAUUAUUUUACCUUGACUUCACGUACGCGUAAACAUAUGGUAUACAUAGGGCCGUAAGAUAAUAUUUAUAAUAAUAAUAAUAGUAAUGAUUAAAAUACGAUAUUACGACUAGUAUUUGAAGGGGAAGAAUUGAACUGUUUGACACGCUAUAGUUAUACACUGCCACAAGACUUGAAAUGAUAAUUGGAGGUGAAUUGAAUGAUUAAUGUAUCUGAUGAAAAUUUAAACAUCAAUUUGCAGCGCGAAGAUAUUUAGAAAUAAGUGAACAUAGGUAAAUGAUGAAUUGGAAUAAUAAUCAAUUGUAAAUAUUUAAAAUGGCAAAGAAAAUAAAAUUCAUAUAAUAUGUUGUAAGGAAAUUGAGAAUUUUUAAAAUUUAAAACUUAAAAAUAACAUUAAUAUAACAUUGUAUAAGUAAAUUGAAAAUUUUAAAAUCAGUCACGGAGGAUAAUAAAUAAAUAUCGUUCGGUGUUUAAACACGGACCUCAAAUUGAAGGCAGCCGUAUUAAAAAAAACUACGGAGUUGUAUAAUUUAAAUAUUAUAUCAUUUAACCGUAAUGUUUUAUACCAUUAAAUUUUGAAGAUUUGACAUGAAUACAGAAGUUAUUUUAAAAAAAUAGAGUAAUGAUAAUAAUUGAAUAAAUUAUACAUUGUAUAUGUAAACAUAGGUGAAAUUCAAGCCGAAUGAAAUCAUAGAAGAAAAUGGAUUGUUAUGAGUGGGUGUUUGAUACAUACGUGAACUUAAUGAUAUCAUGAAAUGUGGACAAUCUGUUAAACAUUACCAAUGAUAAAAACAAACAUAUAAAAAUACAAAAAAAAAAGGAAAUUUAAAUGAUAUUGUAUAUGAUAUUACGGAUAAUAACGGUACGAAAAGGUUUACUAUCACCACGUACGUCGUUUAUUUAACCGGUGUCACGUGUGUCUAGAUUUUUAUCCCCGUAUUGAUUUGUUGAUCAGCGCAUACGAGACACUGAAAUGUUACGUUGAACGUUUUGUUGUCAAACUGUAAAUAUAUAUAACAAAAUAUAUGGAAAUAUUAAUUGGA